UGCUUCUCUCCUAUGUGUUCCACAGUUCCUUUAUGUAUCCAAACCUGGGAGAGAGGAGAUUGCAGCAGAGGUGUAUGAAGAUGAAGUUGACCUGCGGCGCUCUGGCUCCUACCUCAACAGCAGUUUUCACUCUGCAUGGAGUGAGCACAGUGUGGACCCUGAUGACUUUCGGGAUGAACUGAAGAAAUUAUAUGCCCAGUUAGAAGUCCACAAGACGAAGAAGAUGGCUGCAAACAACCCUCAUCUACCUAAAAAACGAAGCUCUCGAUGUGCACUGGGGAGAUCCCUUAUAAAACGCAUAGCUGAAAUCCCAGAAACGAUGAGCCGCCAGUGCAGCCGUGAGGAGAAAGAUGGAUCCUUCCGCAGUAGAAGUGGGAAUCAUUCUGACUCUUUUAGAAGGUCUACAGAGACGGUCAGUAUCAGUUACAGAAGUUCAAUGAAGUCAGCAUCUCUAUCACCAUCACCAUCCAUGCGUAAGUCGCAAAGUGAUCAUCACUAUGUCAGGGAACGAGAGUCUUUGCACACCUCCACAUUAAGGGCCAAUACUGUGAAGAGAUCCUCACAGCGAUCUGAGACAGACUCCUUGGAUAUACCACCAGGGGUCUGUAAGUCAGCCAGUGCCCAGAAUCUGACGAUUGAUACCAAUCUCUUGCAUCCUGAUCACAACAGACUUCAUAAAUCUUGGAGCCUAACCUCAACUACCAGCCAUUCUAUGGAGAAUAUACCCAAGGUUAACAGAGCCAACACAGUGAGGUCGAGGCCAAGCCUUUCUAUAAGUGACCAGACCAGGAGUGCUCUCAAAUCUGAGUCAUUUGACAAGGCUGAAAUCUGCCCUUGGGAGGUGGAGCCAGAACAGUCAAGUGACAAGAACCAGAAGCAUGUCACAUAUGCAAACUCUGGGGAUGAUGAGGAAAAAAGGCCACCAUCUCCAAUUGCACUUAUCUGUCCUUGGGACCAUUUGCCACCUGUAGAAAAGAAGUCUUCUGUGGACAAAGGCCUACAAGGUGAAACCGAGUCCCCCAAGUCUACCAUGUCUACAAGUGCACCUGGUUCUCCAAGACCAAAGAUUGCGAAGGAUCAGCGUGUUUUCUCUUUCCGCACCACUACAACCGCUAAGUGGCUGACUGUGAAAACAUUGAUGGGAUCAAUUGAUGCAGCUAGCAGGUCCAGCAAGGAUGGAAGCUUAAAUAGAGAAGAUUCUAUUUCGCAAAAAAGUCAGGAAAGUGCUUCAACAACACCAAGGUCAGGAACAUCAAGACAUCCUAGCAUUGAAAAGAGGUCACUCCAGAAAAGAAGCAUGACAACAGCAGAUGGAAAACCAUGUCUUGUUAAGCAGAAUGCAGUCAGACUCUCUUCUGGGGAUUCCUCUGACAGAAGCCCACGAAGGCUUGUAAUUGUAAAAUCUUCUAUCCAUCCAUGUGAUUCAGAAGAUAUGCAAAAAGAUGGGACAUAUGAACACGUGCUUUUGUCAAGGCAGAGUAGUAAACGUAGUAGUAUAAGUUCUAUAAGCAGCUCCAGAACCCCUUCAACUCACAGAAGAGGUAGUUAUCGAAUUACUCCAACCCGUAAUGUUCCUCAUACAGAUGUAUGUUCAUGGGAUAUCGCUAGUGGAGAGGGACCAAAGAAGCAGCAGAGCAUCAAAGCAGAUGUCUGCCCUUGGGAAUCACAGGUAUCUGAACGAUCUAACGUAUGUCCUUGGGAAUCUCAAGAGCAAGCGAACAUGAGAAGACGAGGAAGUGGUCAUGGAGAAGUGGGUCCUUUGGAAUCUCAGGAUAUUCCAGUUGUUUCUCACACUAUCCUUUCUAAAGAUUUACAGGCACAGCAGCCUUUAAAAGGCAUAUUAAACAUAUGUCCCUGGGAGACUUCAGAGUCUCCCCAGCCUUCAGUAAUACAAACUAAUGAAUACGCUAAUGUUUGUCCGUGGGAUAUGCAGGACAAGGUUGAAGGUGUAUACGAAAAUUUAAAUCCUUUAGAAAACAGGGGAACACUGACAGUGCCCCUUCAGCGAGAGGUCAUGAAAGCUGCAAUCUAUCCUGGUGCAUCAAGUAAUGAGCAACAUUACCAUGCAAUAUCACCUGCCUCAAACUGGGGUAAACACAUAAACAAAGCAGCAGCAAGCUCUCCAUGGGAUUUCCCUGAUCCCCCGACAAUCAAGGAAAAUAUUUGCCCAUGGGAAGGCAGUAACACGGAGCAGACAAUUACAGAAUCAACUCCACAAAUGACAAUAAAGGUACAUAUUUGUCCCUGGGAAAGUGAACAAGACAAUCCAGAAGAUUUAGAAAUAGAUACCUCACUUUUGAAAGCUACUUCAGAACAUACUGAUGGAAAAGACAGCACAAGAGUUAAUGUAUGCCCCUGGGAAACAGCACUACCUGAAAAAACUGCAGCGACCAAAACAAUGUCUCAAGAACUUAAAAAGCCAGCAGAGGUUUGUCCAUGGGAAAUAGAGGAACCAGAAUCAGGAAAGCCAGAGAUCCCCAAAAUAUCAGAGAGCACCGCUCGAGCAAAUGUUUGUCCAUGGGAAACAGGUGAAGCAGGGACAGUUAAAACUGAAGUAUCAAACGCAUCUGAAAAACUACAAAGGAAGGGCAUUUCCCAGGAAAAUGUUUGUCCACUGAAAACAGAAACCCCCAAAGUUCUGAAAAAGCAAGACAGCACAAAAGCAGAUGUUUGUCCAUGGGAGACUGAAGAAUCAAAAGUUCUGAAAAUACAAGGUAGCGCUCUGGCAAAUGUUUGUCCGUGGGAGACUGAAGACACUAUGGCUGCCAAAAAGAACGAUAGCAUUAAAGAAAAUGUUUGUCCGUGGGAGACUGAACAACCAGAAGUUCUUAAAAAACAAGAUAGCACUCAGACAGAUGUUUGUCCAUGGGAGACAGAAGAACCAAACAUUCUCCAAAUACAAGAUAGUGCUCUGGCAAAUGUUUGUCCGUGGGAGACUGAAGAACCAAAAGUUCUGAAAAAACAAGAUAGCACUCGGACAGAUGUUUGUCCAUGGGAGACAGAAGAACCAAACAUUCUCCAAAAACAAGAUAGCACUCGGACAGAUGUUUGUCCAUGGGAGACAGAAGAACCAAACAUUCUCCAAAAACAAGAUAGUGCUCUGGCAAAUGUUUGUCCGUGGGAAACUGAUGAAACCGUCCAAAAGAAAAGUAUCACUGGAGCAGGUGAAGACAAAAAUGAUAUUCCCAACAGUGACAAGGAUGUCAUAGAAAGUCAGAGCUGCCUUAGUGUCGAAGGAACUCCAGCAGACACAAGCCCUGAGCAAACAGAUGAGUCUAAGGCAAACUUAGCCCUGGGCAGGCGAGAUGCUCUGUGCCCUUGGGAGAUGUUAAGGAGCACAUCUGGCUCAUUCACUGACAAUGCGUCAGAUAUCUUUACAUGGGAGCCAGAGAAUAUUCCAGAGGAAGACGAAGAGGACGAUGCCGAGUGUGCUGCUGAAGCUCUUGUAUUCCCACCUGACCUAUAGCUUUAUACUUUUGUAGCUACUGUAGGCUCAGCUAUAGAAGAGCUUCCCUGCAGCUGGCAACGGCAAAAUUUCUUUCUGAUGGAUUAUUAAACAAUAAUUAAAGAGUAGACUUGAUUAAUGAAAUUGGACAAACAGCCGGGCCAUGCCCACAUGUCUAAAAUCCUGGAAGGCUAGACUUGGCUGGACACUCCAAGUUGUGCAGACCUGACUGAAAAUACAUUUUGUAAUGUACAUACAGAAGAUUUAUGUACCCCAUACAUUUAACACAAAAAAGAUUUUUACAUGAUAGAAGGGCAUGUAAAGCAGUUAGCUGAAGUCCAAUGUCUUUGUUUCUGUCCCCCAUAUUAAAUGCAAAUGAUUUUGUGCGUCUUUGAGUGACGUCACUCAAUUUUGCCAUGAGAUCAGUAUAUUGAUGGCUGAGCUACAAUUAUUACAAAAGCUGAAGUUAAGUCAGCACUACUCUCAAACAAAAGUACAACACAGGGUGUCUACAGAUACGACACUUUGGAAUACUCCUGCCCCAUAUAAAUAUACACCAGACAACUCAAAAUGUCUUAAAAAAUCAUUUGUUCAAACUAAAAUAAAAUACAAACUGUCAAGCAGGAAUACAAUGGACACAGUUACAUUUCAAAAGUAUUGAUAAAACUAUGCAUACUUCUUUGUUUGGAUGACUCAUUUCCUGACUAAAAACUAGUGUUUACUAUUAAAGUGGACCGACUAUGCUUUCAUUUUCGGUCAUGCUCACUGCCACAGUGGUAGCUGCUCAUAUUUGAACACAAAGUUUUUAAUGGUGUGUGAAAAUUAUUCUGUGAGUCAAUAGCUUGGUUUCAGACAGUUCUAUCUACUGUGCUCAUUAUUUGAUAUCAUUGGGAGGGGAUAUCCCUAAUGUGGUCACCUCAGGCACCCACCAACUGUUUAUACCUUCUGUUGUUGAGGAGCAACUAAUCAAAAGGAAGAUGGUCUAAAAAGAUAGGAAAGAAAGAUCAAACAGCUUGUUUCACACAGUGCAUGAACUUAAUCUGAACUCCGAGUCAAAGAAAAACAUAUGAAAAACAUUGCAAUCACCACAGAGCUGUUGUGUAAUCACCUUUUGAAAACACUGCAGCUAUUUGAUAAGGCUGAUUACGUUUUUAAGCACAAAUGACUUAAGCCAAAAGUGGUUUGCACCACAGUAGUAAAUGUUCCUUGGUUGUUUAACAGAUCUUGACAAUAUGUUUUCUUUAAAGACAACAUCUUAUGAUUAUCAGAUGGUCAUCAUUCGCUAAUCACUUCUUCACAUCAAACAAUGCUUUUAAUUUCAGUGUGUGAUAUUAGUGAAUGCUACUUUAAGUUCUGAAUCACUGCUCACAGAUUUCAGAGUCAGCUUCCAAGUUUAAAAAAAAAACAGUAAUAUGUGGUAAAUUCUGGACUUUAAAUAUCAGCAGUUGUUAGUUAAGAUGUAAUUAAGCUGCAUGUCCAUGCCAGCAAAUAUUGUUUGAAAUUCAUUGAUGGUUAUCAUCAGACUUUAUGCUGCUACAGUGUCAUACAGUGAUUUUAUUGCUUAACUCCAAUUGUUGGCUCCAAGUCUUUUUUUUUUGUCAGUGGACUGACCUAGUUUUGUAAGCAAUGUUUGUGUGUUGUUGUUUUUUUAAUGAGUGUACUGUAAAUUGUAGACACACACAUAUAUAUAGUUGUAACACAUCUUGAUUUGUGCUAACAGUAAUUUGUGAAAAGAAAACCAGGUGAGACACUUUCUCAUAUUUCCUGAGUAUAUCCAUCGCAGAAAUAAAUUACUCAAUUUCUGU